UUUCAUAAUAUAGGGAAUGUGUGUCGUUCAUUCAUUAUUUAAAGUUCAGAUAAUCCACAGAUGUCUAUAUGUGCCCUGUGAUUGGCUGGCGACCAGUCUAGGGUGUACCCCGCCUUACGCCCGAAGACAGCUGGGAUAGGCUCCAGCACCCCCUGCGACCCUCGUGAGGAAAAGCGGUAGAAAAUGAAUGAAUGAAUGAAUAAUCCACAGAGCAAUACUCAACUGACUCUAUAAAAGGAGGACCGUCAGAGCAGCUUGUGUGUUAAUUUAAUCCAGUGGGUCUGACAGCACACUCGCCUCUGUGGAAAGAAAGGGCCACGCUGCAAACAUGGCUCCUAAAAUCCAGAGACUGCCCGAUGGGGAGCGAGCUCAUCUUCUUCCACCGCUGCAAAGUGCCAAGUGGGUGCUGGUUGAAGGACGGGACGCCAUCUCCAAAGAGUUUGUUUUUAAAGAUUUCAACCAGGCCUUUGGCUUCCUGUCCAGGGUGGCACUCCAAGCAGAGAAGAUGGACCAUCAUCCCGAGUGGUUUAAUGCUUACAAUAAGGUCCAGAUCACCCUGAGCACACAUGACUGUGGGGGGUUGUCCCAGCUUGACAUCACUUUGGCCACUUUCAUUGACCAAGCCUCUCUGAUGUGACCUGUGGGGGGGGCGGGGGGCAGCUCUACACAAAAACAUGUCUGCUCAUCGUGAGAUCAUUUACUUCCAGUCAGGUGUAAAAGUGUAUGUAUGAAAUAUUCUGGUGGUGCUUAUGCACAUGCAAUAUCCAGAUCCAGCCAAUAUCGACAUCAUUCCAAUUGAAUAAAAAUAUACAUUAUUA